AUGACGGACGUGGCAGCGCGCUUAGAGCAACUUGAACGAUCGAUCGCGGCGAUGGUCAAUGAACGGCCGACCGGUCCAUCCCAGGGCCCAAGACGAUCUUCAUCAUCAUUAAACCACCCAGCUGCAGCGGACUGCCCGGCGCAUCGAGGGUUCCUAGGCAAAGACGGCCGAUACAUCAACGAGCCUCUUCUUUCGCGGGUUUUGGAAAAAGAACAGGAUCUGCAAUCUGCGAUUGGAUCGCCCAGUGAUGCGAGUAGUCCGCGCCGACCGCCGGUCUUGAGGGCAGAGGGUUUCAUUGUAAAUCCACUCUUGACUCAGGUCGAUAUCUUGGAGCUGUGUCCGAGCCGCUGGCAGGCUACGGUACUAUGGCAAGCAUUUCUCAGUCGGGUAGACGCGUUGAUCAAGGUCAUCCAUGUGCCGUCGACACAGUCGAAGAUCUUUGCUGCGAUUAAUCGACCCGAGGAGGCGUGUGCGGAUGUACGUGCUCUGUUGUUUGCUAUCUGCUUUGCUGCUACUACGACCUUGGUUGCGGGUGAUAUUCGGAACGAGAACCUGCAUGCGGAUUUAAGGCGGUAUCAGCAGGGAAUGGAGAUAUCUCUGUAUCAGUCUGAGUUUCUGGAUGCUCCGACGCUUACUUCGCUGCAAGCGGUGGUGAUUUACCAAUACGUAUAUUUCUUCCAGCGAUGCUUGAGAUACAGCAACAGCGGUCGAUCUGGCUGGACGUUACAGGGGGUAACCAUCCGAGCAGCGCAAUCAAUCGGCCUCCACCGCGAUGGGAAACAUUUUAAACUCCCAGAAAUAGAAUGCGAGAUGCGCCGACGGAUCUGGUGGCACAUUCAAUCCAUCGACUGCCGAGUAGCAGAAGACCAUGGACUCAGCGUUCCGGAAAACGACUUCAGCGACACAGAGAUGCCACUAAACAUCGACGACCAGAACCUAUCAGAAACGAACGUCACAAUCGUCCCCGCUGUAUCGCAGAACAGAUGGACGGAAAUGACCUUCUCUCUGAUAAUAAUGGAAAUCGGCAGACGAGGCUCGGCCCUACACAAGAGCCUAGCCGGAGCCACAGAUCCAGAGCAGCUAAUCGCCGAAUUCAAAGGAACAAUAGAAGAGAAGUACCUACGACACAGCGACACAAACAUCCCAAUCCAGCGAUUAGGCCUCCUCCUAGGCCGGGUCCUCCUCGCAAAAUUCGAAGUGUGCAUUCGACAGAGAUUAUUACAAAAGCAAGGGCCGUCGACCUCCUCUCUAGACCACAAUCCUGCCCAAGAGAUACUCGCACUCGCCUGCCACGCCAUGGAAUUAGCGCUGGAGGCGAUCAAUGACGAGCUCCUGCACGGCUACCGCUGGUUAACGGCCGCUUUCACCCAGUAUCACCUCCUAACCUUCAUCCUGUGGAACUUGUGUGUAUACCCCACCGGCCCGCACGUUGAGCGGGCCUGGCGCUGCCUCGAUAUGCAGUUUGCUUUGACUGAAGAUCCUUCCUGGCCGGACCCCGGGCCGAAGUGGCCGAUGAUCGUGCUGUUGCGGGAUAAGGCAAGGAGUAUUCGACAGGCGCAUUGUUCUGAGAGUAGUGGAGUUGGGAAUGAUAAUGGUUCUGAGUUUGUUGAUGGGCUUGGGAAUGGGGGGUUGCGGGCUGAGGCUGUCUUUGAUAUUGAGGGUUGGGAGCUGGACUUUUCUGAUUGGAAUAGUUUGGCUCAGACCUUUCCGCUUAUGGGUUGA